AUGAUCAAGUGGCUCAACGACUGUGUUCGAAACCACCCCGAAUGCAGAGUCUUCUACAGCCAUUCGACUUGGCUACCUUCAAGGCUAAUUGAUGUUGGAGAUCCCGGCAGUUCCUCGUGGAGGAUCAUCACCCCCGAGUUGCAUAAGACUCCUCCCAAUUAUAGAGGCUACCUCACGCUGAGUCACCGCUGGGGCUCUUCGCCGUUCGUACAGCUCACAUCGGACACACUUCCAGGGUUUCGAAAUUACACAACUAUCGAUCAUCUUCCCAAGACUUUCCGCGAUGCAAUUGCUUUGGCUCAUCACUUCAAUGUUCGCCACAUCUGGAUCGACUCGCUAUGCAUCCUUCAAGAUAGCCCAUUAGACUGGAAGAGAGAGUCUUCCAGAAUGGACGAUGUCUACUCCAAUUCCACCUGCAACAUCAUUGCGGCACACUCCGAGGGGCCCGACGGUGGGCUCUUUAGGGUGAGAGACCCAUCCGUCUUGGAAUCGUUUGUAGUUUACUCAGAGAGGACGGAUAUCCCGUCUGGCGAAUACACCGUCUGGGAUCACACGUCCAUCCUGAACGAUUACAACAGAGCUCCGCUGUACAAACGCGGUUGGGUCUUCCAAGAGCGCUUACUGCCAAAAAGGAGUCUUCAUUUCGGGAAAGACCAAGUCUUCUGGAAAUGUAGACGGGGCCUUGCCUGUGAGAGCUUGCCCGGCGGCAUACCGGUGGCACCAGACAACGACGUGGUCGAGCGUGAGAAAGGCGUCGCCCGAAUUCGCAAAAUGCGGCCCCAAGACGAAGAGGAUUCACCAGAGGAUGACAAAACGUUUGCAACUGUCUGGGAGCACCUGGUUGAGGAGUACUCGGGCUGUAGCUUGACCUACGAAAAGGACAAGCUCGCGGCCUUGAAUGGAAUGACAGGCAUCUUUUCUGUUGCCUCUUUGAGUCGAUGUAUUUCCGGUAUCUGGAACACACACAUCGCCCGACAAAUCUGCUGGAGCUUGAACCCUGCCGCGGAAAAGAAGUCUCGACCUGCUCAUCCCGCGCCAUCUUGGUCCUGGGCUUCCGUGCAAGGCCAGGUCUCGUUCAAGGCCAUCGUGAAUAGCGAUGAGAGCAUCUUGUAUCUUGCGCGUCAUUUCUACCAUAGCGCCCACAGCGAUACUCCCGCAGGACGCCACAUACCACUCGGAGGCUAUGUCGGCAUGCGCGGCAGCGUUUAUACUCUCCACAUGUUGGACAUGUCCAACGACGGGGUUUCACUGAGCCUUGAUGGAAGGUCCGAGCGACUGGACUACAACCCUUUCGUCUUUGACUUUUCUCGGGAUGAUUUAUGUCCCAUGGAGGUGGUCAUCUUACCACUGAUGUGUACCAGGGAACCUCCCGUCAACGCAAAGGGCGUCGAGAUUGCCGGCCUGAUAUUGCAUCCUUUGGGUCACAUCGUCGAAGACUACGGAGACAAGGUGUUUCGAAGGUCCUAUAGGUACGAACGUGUGGGGUUCUUCAAUUUCAGGCCAUAUGACGGGAAAGGACAACAAUUGCUCUACGGGUCACCGUUCACUGAGGCAGAGAAAAUCAAAGGCCCAUACAACAGCAAUCACCGUAUACUUUUAGAGUAG